ACAUGUCGGACGUAAAUUCCUUAGCCUGCGCACGAUGAUACUGUUAAAAUAAACAAAAGAGAACAAAAAAGCGGGAAAAUAAAUCAAAUUUUUAUGUAAGUCUUCGACUUCUAAUAAAGAGCUUCUAGUGGAAUAAUGUUAUAAUGAUUUUUUUAUAAGUAAACUGGAACCAUUCACUGAUAUCCUUCACAAAAUCAAGAAUGAAAAUGAUAAAGGACGGUUUUUGUUUUAUAUACCAACGUUUUUUUCUGAUAUUGUGGAUCUCAUUAGUUACGUACCUUUUCUAUAAUACUUUUCUUCAUUAUUUGAAUGGCCGUCAGUUUUAUCACCUAAGAAGGAUUUUAGGGUUAGGAUUAUGCAUUUCUCGUGGGACCGCAACAGUGCUGAACUUGUGCUCCGCUCUUGUACUGUUGCCUCUCUGCAAGAAACUCAACCAGGUCCUUUACCAUUUGCUCUCUUAUCUCUGCCCUGGUCUAUUCUUCUACUGGCUGGAGAGGGCGAAGAGUUUUCACAUGACUGUUGCUAUGACGCUAGUAUUAUUUGCUGUGAUACAUUCCAUUUCUCACUUCAUAAAUAUGUGGAAUUUCUCUAGAGGCUACGACGAUGAACGUGUUGCGUUAAAUUUUGCCACAUACAGAAAUGAGAAUCCUUUCGUACUUCUGUUAACAGUAGCGGGAUUGACUGGUGUUUCCAUGCUUCUCAUAAUAAUCAGUAUGGGGCUCACAUCCCUUAGAGUUGUGAGAAGAAAUUACUACAACGCUUUCUGGUAUACGCAUCAACUCUUCUUUCUAUUUUUGGUGUUAUUAAUAGUACAUCCUCUGAGAAUACGCCGAAUUUUAUUUUCAUCUCCCAUUUCAACACCUUCAACCCCUUUUUUCGCUAUAAAAGGAACCUUGUCCUAUUUCAAGAUCAACUUUAUCUCUCUAUACCAAUACAACCAAACAAUACAGAUAGAUAUAGUUUUACCCGACAACGGUGAAGCAAAAAGGAGGGUUAUGAUUUUGUCCGAAAUGGCAAGCAAUCGCAAAUCAAUAACGGUCCGUCAACUCGAAGCUCUUCUCGAGUUUGUAGCAGGACAUUGUGACCUCGCCUUUGGACGGGUGAGGUCCAAGGAAGCUCGAGCCUUAGCGGAUUGGUUGUGGCGUGAAAUGAAAGAAUGUGGAGUCUUGAAAGAAGAAGUUUUGUUUGAAGAUGAAGUUACUCCGAUGCUAAAUGUAGAGAAAAACACAAACGACUCCACAAUUGUUGUUAAAGAGAGAUUCGUUUCUAUUCAAUCGAAGACUUGGUUGUGGAUGACUUUCCCCUUAUCCUGCUUUGUCUUGGACUUCGUAUGGCGAAUUUUUUCAAGAAACCGAGCUAAGAUUGACAUUUUAGAAGUGAACUACCUGCCCGGUCGAGUGAUAAGUUUAUCGGUCAGUUGUCCAGGCGAAGAGUUCUUGUGUCGUAUGGGUCAAUACGUAUUGCUUCAAUGCCUCGACGUAUCAUUAUUGGAGUGGCAUCCGUUUACAAUUGUCAAGAUGCCUUUUUCUAGUCAAAAUUAUUUUGUGUUAUGGAUCAGAGUAAAAGGAGAUUGGACAGAAGCUUUCGAGAGCCUUUUAUUAGAACGAGGACCAGAUAAACUUAGGUAUCCACGAAGCCACACACCAGGUCGUGUCCAUCUCUUCUGGAUAGUUAGACACGAAGAAGAAUUAACAUGGCUAGCUGAACUGGCCAGUAAAACUAUGACUGUGCUAAGGGAGGCAAAUCGCCCGGACAGGCUUCACAUAGAACUUUAUGUCACUAAUUCGAAACAAACCGUAUCUUUCGACAAACAAAAAGACAUGAUAACCGUUGUGAAUGGAAGAGGAGACAUUAAUAACGUCACUAUAAAAUGUGACGAAGAUGAAAAGGCGGCAUUACUGAAUGCAGAUGGAAGGAAACAUAACAGUAUUAAUGAUAAGACUGCUGCUGACGGUGGAUAUCGUUUAGCUAAAGAGUAUCCGAUGUUGGGCUGUCGAGUGAGGUGGGGCAGACCGCACUGGGACCGCGUUUUCGGAUACUGGGUACAUUUGUAUCCGGAGAAACAUUUACACUUAUAUUGCUGUGGACCAAAGAAACUAGUGAAGUUGUUGAGAAACAAGUGCAAAUAUAUUUCAAGAACAACUAAAACAAAUUUCACAUUCGUUCACGAAGGUUUCUCGUGAACGCAUUUACUGUUUUUUUAUUUAUUAAACGUAUUUAUUGAAUU